CCCUAGUUGAACUGUCAAUUUUACGCGUGUCGUCCAUGUUUCGAAAGUGGUGUGUGACUUAUUUUUGUGUUGUGUUCAUUUUCAAUGCAAUUUUAUAAAUGUGAAAUGCUACAGCAUGUGUCAUUCCAUAUAGUAGAACCUUGCUCCGGCUGAAUGGAUCCCGCCGUCGCGUGGUAUCAGCCCGAGCAGGAAGGACCAGCGAAGCGCCUGUGGCUUCGGAUUUGGGAAACUCAAAGUGAAAUAGAGAAAAUGAACUUAAAAAAUUUAGAAAAUGCUAACCCUAAUGUAAAUAAAGGACAAGACUUUAUACCAACAAAUGACGUGAACGGUGAAAAUAGGAACAAUAAUAACUACUUUAAUCCCGCGAGGAGGAAAGUGAACGAUAACCGCGCAUCGACGUUUAACUUGAACAAAAAUCAUGACGCCCUCAUAGGAGAGUACGGCGGGUGUCCGUGGAGGAGGCCCGACCAUGUAUACAAGCCAGGAAUUCUGGGGUUACACGAAGAGAUCGAGCACUUCUACAUGUACAUGUCGCCGUCGGAGACGGAGCACCUCGUGCGCACGACUGUGGUGAACCGAAUCCGCAGCGCCAUCCUGUCGCUGUGGCCGCAAGCGCGCGUCGAGGUGUUCGGUUCCUUCCGCACUGGACUCUACCUGCCCACCAGUGACAUUGACCUCGUCGUUAUAGGACAGUGGGAGAAGCUGCCGCUGUGGACGCUGGAGCGCGAGUUAGUGGUGCAGGAUAUAGCAGAGAAGGAGAGCAUCAAGGUGCUGGAGAAGGCCACCGUGCCCAUCGUCAAGAUGACCGACAAGUACUCUGACGUCAAGGUGGACAUCUCUUUCAACAUGAGCAGUGGCGUCAAGAGCGCAGAGCUCAUCAAGCAGUUCAAAGAGCAGUACCCUUACCUGUCCCGCCUGGUGAUGGUGCUGAAGCAGUUCCUUUUGCAGCGUGACCUCAACGAAGUUUUCACCGGUGGCAUCUCCUCAUACUCGCUCAUCCUCAUGUGCAUCAGUUUCUUGCAGCUGCAUCCUCGGCCGGAGCGUCUGCGGCAGCCGCACAACCUGGGCGUGCUGCUGAUCGAGUUCUUCGAGUUGUACGGGCGCAAGUUCAACUACGUCAAGACCGCCAUCCGCGUCAAGAGCGGCGGCUGCUACGUCUCCAAAGACGAGAUACAAAAGGAGAUGAACGACGGGCACCGGCCGUCGCUGCUGUGCAUCGAGGACCCGCUGACGCCCGGCAACGACAUCGGCCGUUCCAGCUACGGCGCGCUGCAGGUGAAGCAGGCGUUCGACUACGGCUACAUAAUCCUGCAGCAGGCCGUGGCGCCGCACAACGCGCUGCUGGCGCGCCACUCGGUGCUGGGCCGCGUGGUGCGCGUCACCGACCACGUGCUGCAGUACCGGCGCUGGGUGCGCGACACCUUCGAGCCCUACUUCUUCCCGCACCGCCUGCGCCUGCGCCCGCCGGAGCCGCGGCCGCAGCGCUCCAGUCCCGAGCCCGACCGGGAGCCCGAGCGGGGGCCGGACCGGAGGCCCGAGCGGGGGCCCGAGCCGGAGCCCGACGCCGAGCCCUCCGACAGCGAUCGGGAGUGGUCGGACAGCGGGUCGCGCGCGGGCACCGCGGGCGGCGGGCCGGCGCGCACGUCGCCGCCGCCGCUGUCGGCGCUGCAGUGCUCGUCGCCCACGCCGCGCCGGGUGUCGGCGCACCAGUCGCUCAUCAUCCACCACAUCACGUCCAACUCGGACUUCAACAACAUCCCCUCAGGAGCUGAACUCACAAAUCAGUUUCGACGCCUCGGAGGAAGUAACCCAAGUGCAUGGACAGUAAGACGUCGGCUUGCUGAAUCUAACUUAAAACCCCUUAGACCUGCAAACGGCCCUAAACUGGAGCGUGGGCAUCGUAUUUCAAGACUAAGAUAUGCCCAGAACCACGUAAAUUGGAGUAUUGAAGAUUGGUCGAAAGUUAUGUUCUCCGACGAAUCAAAAUUUAUGCUCUACAAGCACGAUGGAAGGCACAGAGUGUAUAGAAGACCAGGGGAAAGAUUCAAGCAAGCAUGCAUCGAAGAAAAAGUAGCCUACGGUGGUGGGUCUGUACUUGUGUGGGCCGGAAUUUCUUCUGAAAGUCGCACAGAGCUGGUGAUCAUAGAAAACGGCUCUUUAACUAGCGAAAGAUAUGUAGAUGAAAUCCUCAAUGAACACGUUGGUCCAUUUAUGGUCAAUUUUGGUGAGGAUGCUAUAUUUAUGCAUGACAAUGCCUGA